UAUAAUAACACACAGGAAAAUGCGUGUGGGCUUGCAAAUUUCAGCCACGUUGGAGAACAUUGAGAAACUCGAGACGUCACAUCCCGAAUAUGCCUUCUUCGUAAAAAUAAUUUGCACGAACUGUGGCGAGAAAUCGGAUAAAUGGCACGAUAUUACGGAAUCGGAACGUGUGCAGCAGGACACCCGCAAUGCUGCUGGAUUUAACUUUUAUAUGAAAUGCAAGAUGUGUGGACGUGAGAACAGCAUAGAUAUUGUGGAUAAGUCAAAUGUGGCCUAUACUGUGGACGAUGCCGGCAGUUUCAAAACCAUUGUCAUUUUUGAUUGCCGUGGUGUUGAACCAGUGGAGUUUUCUCCACGCACCGGCUGGAUUGUGCAUAGCUCAGAGAAUGGUCAAACGUUCCAGGACGUGGACUUAUCCGAAGAUGAUUGGGUCGAGUACGAUCAAAAGAAUAACAACUCAGUAGGGGUUUACGAAUUUGCAUCGAAAUUUAUAAAACUUAAAAAAUAACGUAUUUGCAUUUCGUUUUACAUUUUCUAAUAAAGCAAAUCUGAAUAUUAAUGCUUCAA